GAAAUGAUCAUUUGGAUUUAAUGGAAAAAAUACAUCUCAAUAAUGAUCAUCAUCAUAGUAAACAACAACAAGUGGCAAAUGUACAGUAUCGAUCACCUGAAUUGAAAAUAUCAUUACCAGGUGAUAGUACACUACGAGCCUUAGAAGAAUCAUGUUCAUCCGGUUCUGGUUGGGGUGCAUUCAUUCUUACACAACGUACAAUUUCCAAACAAAUUACAUUAAUCCAAUGUGUUGGUAAAGGCCGCUAUGGUGAAGUAUGGAAAGGUCUAUUUCAAUAUGAAGCUGUAGCCGUAAAGAAAUUUCUAUCACGUGAUGAAGCAUCAUUUAAUCGUGAAAUUGAAAUCUACACACAUUCGAAUCUGAAUAAACAUGAAAAUAUUCUAUCAUUUAUUGGUGCAGAUGUAACAUCAGAAAAUUCCUGUACACGUUUAUGGCUUGUUACUGCUUAUCAUGAGCUUGGUUCAUUAUUCGAUUUUCUUAGCCAAAAUAUACUUUCAUUCACCGAUAUGAUUUCCAUCAUGGCAUCAAUUGCAAAUGGUCUUACAUAUUUACAUACAGAAAAUUUUGGUACACAGAAAAAAGUUGCUAUCGCUCAUCGAGAUAUUAAAUCAAAAAAUAUAUUGAUGAAAUCUCGUUCAGUUUGUUGUAUUGCCGAUUUUGGUCUUGCCGUUACGAAACAAAUAACCGGCUUACUAGAUGUGGGCCGUAAUAAUUAUCGUGUUGGUACAAAACGUUAUAUGGCACCCGAAGUAUUGGAUGAUUCAUUUGGUAAAGAUGUUUUUACUGCCUAUACAUGUGCCGAUAUCUAUUCAUUUGCCCUAGUACUUUGGGAAAUUUUACGUCGUUUAGAUCUGCCACCAUUAUCGAAUUAUGAGGUACCAUAUCAAUAUAAAGUACCUUCGGAUCCAAGUUUUGAAGAUAUGCAUAAAAUUGUUUGUGUAGAACAAUUCCGACCAGAAAUUCCAUUGCAUUUAGAAAUGAACACAGAGAUGCCAUCAUUACAGACAAUAUGCAAAAUUAUACGAGAAUCAUGGUCAAAGAAUCCAUUUUCACGAUUAAAUGCAUUACGUAUCAAAAAAUCGUUGAUUAAUCUUAUGUCUACAACAACAACCAUACUGACCAAUGUUAAUAAUAGUAAUAAUAAUAAUAUAAUAUAACGACAGCAACAUCGAUGAAUGAAUGGCAGAAAUCGUAACGAUUGAAUCUAAUGGCCAAUGUACAAAUUGAUUCAAAUAAUUUUUUUUCGAUUAUUGAUUUUCUUCUAUUUUAUAUAAAUGAAAUCUUGAUUUUUUUUACCCAUUAUUAAAUACUGCCAUAACA